AUGGCUUUACUUGACAAGUUUCUGGUGUUGUUAAUACCAGGUUUGGUCUUCCUACAUCUUACCGUCGCUCCUUACACCAAGGUCGAAGAGUCAUUCAACAUCCAGGCCACUCAUGACAUCCUGGUGUAUGGAAUGCCCACGUCGGACGUGUACGAACGACUUUCCCGCCAAUAUGACCACUUCGACUUCCCCGGAGCGGUCCCCCGCACUUUCGUGGGCGCUGUGAUGCUGGCAGGCAUUUCGCAGCCCUUUGUUGAGCUUUUUGGCUUUCAGCAUGCCCAGUUCAUCGUCAGAGCCGUUUUGGCCCUUUUCAACAUUGCCUGUUUGCUGGUUUUCAGGAGUAAUGUGGAGAAGGCCUUUGGCCGGUCGACCAGUAGAUGGUAUGUGUUGCUGCAGGCGAGCCAGUUUCAUGUGUUCUUCUAUGCAUCGCGGACACUGCCCAACAUGUUUGCCUUCGGGUUGACAACAUUGGCGUUUGCGCAGCUUGUAGGUUCUCUCACCAUUCCACGGUGCAGGUUCGCCAUUGGGCUUCUUACCGUUGCCACUGCCAUUUUCAGGUCUGAGCUGGCGAUUCUCCUGGUGACUACGACUCUUUAUCUUGUGGGACUCUACGGGCUGUCCCCUUACAAGGUCAUUUGGCCAUUCCUCAUCGCAUUCCUCUUCUCACUCGCGGUGUCGAUUCCCCUGGACUCUUACUUCUGGCAGAAGCCGCUCUGGCCUGAGCUAUGGGGGUUCUACUACAAUGCCGUGCAAGGUUCCUCUUCCGAAUGGGGAACGUCGCCCUGGCACUACUACUUCAAGGCAGCUCUGCCGAAGCUCAUUAACCCAGUCAACUUACUGUUGAUGAUUCCAACUGCACUUGUCAUGCCAGGGACACAACAUGAAGCACGAAAGCUCACGCUGCCGAGUCUGCUUUUCGUUGCCAUCUAUUCUCUUCAGCCACACAAGGAAGCGCGCUUCAUUUUCUAUGUGAUACCACCCCUCACAGCAGUGGCAGCACUCGGCGCCGACUACGCGUUCACCCGCCGGGCCAAGUCGCUUGGGUACCGCAUUUUGACCGUGAUCCUCGUCGCUUCUAUUCCCUUGUCAUUUGCCGUCAGCUCAGGGAUGCUGCUGGUGUCCUCACUGAACUACCCUGGUGGCGAAGCUCUUACGGCGCUCCGCUCCGUAGUAACCACCACAAGUACCUCCGCCGACUUCCAGACCGUCAUGGUGCACACAGACGUUCUCUCUUGCAUGACUGGUGUGACGCUUUUUGGUCAACAGCUACACCGACCUACCGAUACACGCCAAUCUGACGAGAGCGUGUCCUUCACCUUUGACAAGACGGAGAAAUCAUCGACGCUGCGAAAUCCCACAUUCUGGGACAAAUUCGACUACGCCCUGGUUGAGGAUCCGAGUAAAGUUAUUGGAACUUGGGAACAGGUCGGAGUGAUUGAGAGUUUUGCCGGGAUCGAAAUAUUGAAACCCGGAUCGGACGUAAGGGGCGACCUUGAGAGUGGUGAUGGCAAGGUGCUCGGCCGGGGUAAAUCGGUGCGGCAGGUCAGAGAUUUAGCGAGGAAAGUGACGGGCGGCUGGUGGGUUGGACCGAAGAUGAAGCCACAAAUUCAUAUACUGAAAAGGACGAGAGGCGGCCCUCGGAAGGAAGUUAGGGAAUGA